AUUAAUAACAAUAAAUAAAUGAUCUAGAGGGCCGGAUAGAAUUACCUGUAGUGCCGGAUCCGGCCCCCGGGCCUCGACUUUGACACGUGGUAUAAAGUGUUUAAUAGUUAUGUAAACGUUUAAAGAAAAAGAGACCCAGAACUUUUGAAAGACUGAAGCAGCAGCUUCCUCCAGGUGGGUCGGCUCUCUGCCAGAUCAUAAAUCAUUCUCACAGCGACACAUUGCAACCUGGUGCGAGGCCCCCCCCAUCUGAAAUAUGCCCCAAAACUCUGUCUCAGGUCUGCAUGGAAGGAAUCCUCCAAAUGUUGACGUCAGGAGCAGACAAAGAUUACAGUAGGUUGAGCGAUGAUAAAAGAAGCGCGGCUGCAGAGUCACGUGGAGGAAAGCCCCGCACUAAUGAAGGGGAGGGACGAAUGAUCCGGAGAGGCCAACACCCAGAGGGACGAGGCUUCAGGCUCCUGCAGUUGAGCUGCCGUUACCCAGCCAGGCCCAAGAAAUCCUUCACUAAUCCCCACCCCCACUCACCACCCCCACGCCUAAUCAGAGCUGACAGGUCACCUGUCCCGGGCAGGACUCUCAGUCCGUUCUGUGUGAUGGGCGUUCAGGGCUCUUUCCUUUAUUCUCACUUUUGCUUUGUUUUGUGGGGGGAAUCUUCUGACCUUCGAUGACCCCUGAUGUCUUGUCUCCUGGUAUCUCCUGGAUGUGAGCUCUCCGGAAGCGUUGGGUGACAUCAUGCGUCUCCUUCUGCGCCUGCAUGUAUUCGUCCUCUGCCUCAGGACUGCUCUAAGCUUCUGUCCGUCCCAGUGUACCUGCGUUUUCCACGGGCGCAGCGACGGAACAGGAACCAGGUCUGUGCUCUGCAAUGACCCGGACAUGUCGGACAUCCCCGUCAACGUUCCUGUGGAUACCAUCAAACUCCGCAUAGAGAAAACUGCAGUGCGGCGAAUCCCAACAGAGGCCUUCUACUACCUGGUGGAGUUACGGUACCUUUGGAUUACCUACAACUCAAUAACCUCAGUGGAUACUGGAAGUUUCUACAACUUGAAAGUGCUGCAUGAGUUGAGGCUGGAUGGGAAUAUGGUGUCUGUUUUCCCUUGGGAGUCUCUAAAAGAGAUGCCAAGACUGAAAACGUUGGACCUUCACAACAACAGGCUCACCACAGUUCCUACUGAGGCCAUCCCCUACCUUCUCAACAUCACUUACUUGGAUCUGUCCAGCAACAAGUUAGCAACCCUACCAUCUGAUCUCAUGGACAUCUGGCCGCCGUUCAAUGGAGAACCAGUGUCUUCUAAUGCUUCUCAGAAAGUCGUGUUAGGCCUCCAGGACAACCCCUGGUUCUGUGACUGUAAAAUCUCAAAGCUGAUAGAGAUCUCCAAAAUGGCAGACACCCCGGUAGUUCUGAUGGACCUGUUCCUGACCUGCGCUGCACCAGAGAGCCUGGCAGGAGUUCUGUUUCAGCGUGCUGAGCUGGAUAAUUGUGUGAAACCAUCAGUGAUGACAUCUGCAACCAAGAUCACGUCUCCUUUGGGUAGCAAUGUUCUCUUUCGGUGUGACGCCACAGGAUCUCCAACACCCACCCUCCAUUGGAUCAAGUCUGAUGGUUCAGCGAUCAAUAACACGGGUAAGAGCCCUGUUAGUUUGAAACAGCGAACUCUGUACUCUGUCCAGUUUCUCCUGACUUUGUGUCCUUGCUCCAUUCCAGUUCAAGAAUCUCCUGGGGAAGGAAUCCGGUGGUCCAUCAUGAGCUUGCAUGGAAUCGAGAACAAAGAGGCAGGGAACUACAGCUGCAAAGCCAAGAAUGUGGCGGGCACCGCAGAGGCCACCAUCUCUCUGUCUGUUGCUGGGACCAUCAGCACCACCAUCCCACCCCCAAAGCCGGGCAUUGCAUCUGGACUUGGUACCACAGUCACCCCUCCAACAGCUGUUUCCAGCUUAGCACUCACCACGGCCUUCCCGAGAUCAUCAACAGCUCUCUCUGGGGUCCAGAAGAGCCCCAGAACCACCCCCAGCUCUGGUCUGAGAGACUCUUUGAAACAGACCAAAACCCAGCAGGGGGGCAACGGGAGAAAACUUGCUGCAGAUGAGAAGAGCAACAAAAGUGAUGCCUCACAGUCUUUCAAAGACCUGGAGAUCGUGGAAGAGACAGCUGACAGUGCCGUGCUGCUCUGGACUGCGGGUGGAGUACAAGGCGAUGCCCCCCUGACCGUUGUGUAUUCACCCUACGGUGAGGAUGACUCCAAAAGGACAGUGGAGACUAAAGCAGGGACUGGAAAAUUGCUCCUGGAUGGUCUGUCUCCUGGGAUGAGGUACUCCGUAUGUCUCGUAGCAAAAGUUAACCCUGCGGCGAAGGAUCCUUGCAUUGACUUCUACACUCUGGACGAUGCAGACAGUGAAGGCCAGAACCAGCUGUUCUUCAUCAUCAGCGGCAUUGCCUGUGCUGUGGCCCUGCCUCUCAUCGCUCUGCUGGUCUACAAGAUUCUGGCUCUCUAUUGCAAAGGAGGCACCACAGAUCUAGAUGCAGAGGAGCUGGAAAAAGACAGUUAUGUCAAGUUUGAGACCAUUUCAAUGAAACAAAGAACUCUGAACUCUCACCCAUCCGAGCUCUGGGCAAGGAGACCGACGAACGAGUCGGAGCGGCUGCUGCUGUGCUCCCGGUCCAGCAUCGACUCACAGAUGACUUACGACAGUUCCCGCUCCGAGUAUCUCUGUUGACUCCACAGCACUCCACAGUCAGACUAAAUACUCUGCCUUUCAGCAUUCUGAGGGAAAGGGAAAGUGUUCAGAAAAGGUGGGAUAGUAACACUACAAGACUGAAUAUUACAUUUAUUCAUUUAAUGAAGAGGAAAGCUCUUGAUGGAGAAUGAGUUCUCUUAAAAGUGCAGUUGGGCCUGUUGAACCCUUCAGCAGAGUCCUGUUUUUGAGCCUUACUCUCAACAGAGAAACAGAAAUGUUGGGCUAAUCUUCUCCUGGGAAAGUGUACAUCAGUUUUUCAAAGUUUGCAGUCACUUUAAUGCCAAAAGUUCCAAAAUAUCAGAGAAGAUCCACAACAAUGUCCAUCACAUCCACUGUUGCUUCAUGGAGCCGCCGGCUGGUGCCUUAGACAUGGAGGUUCUGUCUGUGUGUUUGAUAGAAAACAGGAUGUGACUUAUCUGAUAAUUGCUGCCACUUUAUAUGAUAAU